AUGUGGCCAAAAUGUACGCUAGUUCAUGGGAAACCAAGAUAUUCUCAAUCACAGGGUUCCGUGGAACGAGCAAACAGAGAUGUUGAAGCAAUACUCGCUUGCUGGAUGAAAGAUAACAACACUACUCAAUGGUCAAAUGGACUGCGCUUUGAUCAGUGGCAGAAAAACACGCGCUUCCAUUCUGGAAUUGGCAGGACACCUUAUGAAGCCAUGUACGGAGAAAAGGGUCAUCUUGGUAUUUCUGCUGUCAACAUACCAGAAGAAAUAAUGGAAGGCAUGGAGACAGAGGAGCAGCUUGCAGAAGCACUUUGUUUAGUUAAUGAAGAAGAUCAAAAUGUAGAACAGGGGAGAAGUGCUGAAAGUUGUGCCAUAAAUUGCAACUCGUGUAGUCAAAACAUUCCAUGUCAUCCUUCUGGUCAGUGUUGUUCAACUGUAAAUGACAAUGUUGAUGAUCCUGUGCUCUGUUGCCUAUGCAAUAGAAAUCGUAGCAUUCAGGCUGAACGAAGGGAAUCGAAAAUACUACAAGAGAAGCAAGCUAAAAAAAUGAAGGAUAAAUCAGUACAGCGUUUCAAGCCAGCCUUUGCAGGGGACACGGUCAUGGUUCCUAUUCCACUUGUUGACUGUGGACGAGCGGAGUUUGCGAAUGCAAAGGCAAUUAUAACUGAGACAGUGGAUGGCGGAACUUACAAACUAGGGACAAAACAUGGUUUACUUAAACAGGUGUACAGUCGGAAUCAGUUCACUUUAUGUGCUGAAAAAUUUAUGUCACUCGAAGAGGUAAUAAAGGAUCGCGAAGUCAGUUUGCGAGAGGUAGCUAUUGCAGACUCGAUGGGACAUGGCCAGGGGAUCAGUAAUUGUAGCUGCACCCAUUCAUGUCGGAGCAGACGCUGUAAAUGCUUCAAAAACGAAGUAUUGUGCAACAGCAGAUGUAAAUGCACCAACUCUUGUUCAAACAAGUCAGAUAAUGCUAAUUUUGAUAAUUGUUGA